AUGCUGGCAGCUCAGCCCCGAUUCUCCGGCCACCGGAGGCCACUGCAGCCGAAGAAUGAAUCCUCCGGUAACAUGAAUCCAAAGCCAUGCGUGGAGAUUUCCAGCUCCAACAAAGAAAAUGUUCCUCCAUCCUACUUCACCCAGGUUAAGAAGGAGGCCGUUGAUCCGUCGUUGAACGCCACUCGCGAAAAGCUCGAAAGACUGAGGUGCGAGGAGGUGAGGAACGAGAAGGCGUUGAGAGAGAGGUCCCGGCUGCUGGAUUUGGAAAUGAAGGAGAUUCUCAUCAGAGGGGAGGUGCAGAAGCAGCUUGAGCUCGAGCUCGACCGCCUGUAUCGUCUCAACGAGAUCAACUUAGCUUGCAUGAGGACAUCUCGUCUUCGGUCAUUGAGAGAUAAGGAAGAAGAGAAGAAGAUGAAAAUGAAUAAGGCAUAUAUUUAUAUUCAAGGGAGGGAGAGUCUGAGUUCACACAAGCUGCCUGAAUUCUAA